UUUGGAUCUUGAGCAUGAAAAAUGUACCCCACGUCCUUUCUUUUGGUCACUCCAUAGUUUAAUACAGGGGUGGGCAAUUUUUUUUCCAAGGGGCCACAUGAGAAACCUGAAGUGUGUUGGAGGGCCGCAUCAACGAUAACUUAAACUUAAUUCUUCUCACUUCAUUUUCUCCCAUUGUAAAAAGCAGUAGAGUAUAUAUUUUGAUUAGCUGCUACUGGUUAUCAGAAGAAUAAGGAUAUUCUGUAAAUAUUUUUAUAAAUAUAUGAAAUUGUGGUGUAGGUCAAAUAGGAAAAGACUAUAGUAAGUAAUAAACUGUAAAAACAAAAACAAUCAUUACAUUAGUAGGGAUGGGGAUCGAUACCCGGUUCUAUAAGGACCUGGUUCCAAAUUUCCCAAAACCCGAAGAUCAACAAGGUCCGAGCUUACCGAGACUGGUUAUCAACAAAUGCUAGAAUAAUGGUGAUAACCUGUCGGUGAUUGAACAUCUCCACCAUGGUGUUGUCCAGCUGUCUCCUGGCAGUUGCUGUCUUCCUGUCCCAGGCUAGGGGAUUCCUGCAUCCUUCUGAGGAAGAUGCUGUCUCUGAAGAAUGGCUGCUGCUGCAUGUGGUCCAGGGCCACAUAGGAGCCGGUAACUACAGCUACUUGCGUCUUAACCACGAUGGUAGGAUCAUUCUGCUUUUGCGUAGCCUGAAAGGAGACGCUGACCUAUAUGUGUCUGACAAGACCCUGCGACCAAGUUUUGACACUUACAAACUGCAGUCGGUGACAUGCGGUAAAGAUGCAGUUGUGGUACCCAGGGACUUUGUAAGGCCAGUUGGGAUUGGAAUCUAUGGACACCCUUCCCACCAGGAGAGUGAGUUUGAGAUGCGUGUGUUUUAUGAUCAGACUGCUCCCAAGGAUCAUUUUGAUAAAAGCUUUUACACCUCAGAGGACAGAAUAAGGCCACAGAAAUACCGCCAAGGACCAGAUGAAGACUUUGAGGAGGAGGAGUCAAUUUUCUGGACUAUUUUAAUUGGACUUUUGAAGAUUAUUCUUGAAAUUUUGUUCUAAAGAACUGUUUUUGCUGCUAUAAUGUAAGAAACAAAAAAAUAUGUUUCGGGAAGAGGACAGAUGAAAAAUGUAUUAAUUGUGUAUUUUCUGUAAUUGGGAAAAUCUGAAUUUUUCUUCUGAGUUCAUGGUGAUGGAAUUUUUAUAUAAUUAAACCUUUUUUCAUGAAUUCUGAUUAGUAACAAGAGUAAAUGCCAUGUCAUACAAAAAAGCCUAGUCCAAUUUAAUCCUUUUCAGAAGGAAAUAUCGCUUUUCAAAUUGAGAGAUGACGCAAAUGGAUGGUCCUGCUUUUUCCAUGAAAAUUGGAUUCUUAGGAAGUUUUUAAUUACUCUACAAACAUUUAGGAGAACAUUUUUCUGAAAACUGUUUUAAAUGGGUCAUCAUUUAAGAGCAUUUCUGGAAGGUUCGAAAACUAUUGGGCUGUACUGACAAUCAUCUGUCAAUUGAAGAUCAGGAUGAAUUUAUGUAGGAAGUGGUCCCACCAAAGUGGUGUAUGUCAAGAUGUAUAUUAGUCAGUCUUUGCCAGAAACAAUUUUGGCGGUCCAAUCAGCCAACAGAGGGAGUGGCUGAGAAUGAUGUUGAUAUUGUGCGCUAGUUUGAGUUGUAUUUCAGUAAUGGCGGCGGAGGAAGAUGUGAGCGAAGCCAUUUGGUCCGUUGUGGCAAUGCUGCCGACUAUCCAGAAGUUAAAGCCGGAGUAAGAACAUUCUUUGCUGAGUUUUGUUGGUGGCCAUGAUGUUGUGGCCCUCCUACCCACGGGGUUCGGGAAAAGUUUGAUUUUCCAGCUACGGCAGCUAGCUCCUGGAUAUUUGGCAGCGUUGCCACAAUGGACCGAAUAGCUUCGCUCACAUUUUUCUCCACCACUGAACUACAACUCAAACUAGUGCACAACAUCAACGUCAUCAUUGUCAUCCACUCCCUCUGUUCGCUGAUUGGACCUACAAAAAUGUUCUUUCCAAAAAACAAGCAAAAUGAGGGCAGAGCCAGGCUACAUUAAAAGUACCUUUUAGCAAGAAUGUGGCGUUAUCAUUGCAAUACAAGUUUGUGUGAUGAGCAGCAUAUACACUUAGUGUGUGGUCUGCUAAGAAUUUUGUUUCUUAGUCGUCAGGAAAGCUUUUCAUUAAUAAAAGUAUUUGUUAUGGUUCUGAA